UUUCACCUGUGUUGAAGAAUCACUAUCAAUUAAGUUGUAUAAAGUGUUAAAAGAGAAAGCAAACAAUCUACCACUGUGCUACUGAUAUAUAGGAAUAUAAAAAAUAUUUAAGAUGUUUCGGUGGCUAAAAAACGGAAAGAACAAAGAGAAGACCUCCAAAGAAAAAUCUGUUAGUGAUAAUUAUGGUUUUCACAACCAGUCAAAUUCAAAUUACGGAUUCCAAGAAAGUAAAUGUCAAGAAAAUCUGGAUUCUUCAGUUCAUAUUUAUGAUGAGAUAAGUGAAGUUUCAGAAAUUUCAUUUUCAAGGCAAUUCACUCUUUUACCAGAGAAAACUAACAUGGGAAAUAAUGUUGAAGGACCAUAUUUAGUCGUACCAAUAUUACCAAGUAGGAGAACAUCUUCAAAAAGGGAUGAAGUUCAGGAAGACGAAACAGAUUUAAAUAAAAAAUCGUUUAUGAAAAACGAAAGGAAACAGAGAGUAUACAAUGCACCUUGGGAUAAGCCUAAAACUGAGCAAGGUGAAAAACAUAAAAAUUCAUUUAUUCAUCCAGCAUUUCGUGACUCAGAUUCUGGCUACACGUGCAACAGUGUAAGCACCAGAACGGACUCCGAUCGUGUUAAUAAUGACAGUGAUACAGGAUGCGAAUAUGACAUGAGCAUUUCAACGGAAAGUGACGUUAGCAGCGAGUAUAAGGAUCUUAUAAGUAAAAUACAAAACAAUUUAACAUUAAAACAUCAAAUCUUAGAAAUGAUAAAGGAGUCUGAAAAUGGGGAUAGCGGGGAAAUUAAACCGUCUGUAAAGAUCACGUCAUCAUCUUCGCUCGAUUCUUGCGAGUUCAUUCGGUCACGUGAUACUUUUGACAGAGACGAUACUGAGUCAGAAUACAGUAGUGGAUUUGAGGAAUAUGAGUUGGACGAACAUUUGUCAUGUGAAAUUCCCUCAGCAAAGACCGUAAACAGAAAAAGUAAAUUUCAUAGGAAUACCUCUGCAGCAAGUUCUGAAAGUGGAAAAUCUACCGUAGAUCCAAGUGUUUCUAAUACCGAGACGUCGUACAAAUUACAAACCAACAGCCUCAAAGAACAAUAUGUUAUCCCCAAAAGGACCUGCAACCUUCAAAGUAAAAGUUCGACCUCAAUAGACAUUUCUAAAGAUAAGAAUGUCGACCUUUAUGGCAUAUGUUCAAGAUCCAAACGGAAUUCGAUGCAUUCAGCCUCACCAGUAUUUCCUAGUCCAACAAAUACCUACCAAAAAACUAGCAACACUAGAUAUUCCAGUUCAAAUAGAAUGCUCGGGGAUCUUAUAAACAUGAACCAUAACAUGCAAACAAUGAAAUUUUAAAAGACUUUGUAAAUUCUUCACGAUCAUCGUCGAGGAAGUCUACACAAAUAAGCAUGACAACUAAGGCAUUGGUUCCAACCAACUUGAAUGUCAAGGCAACACAAAUGAUGAUUGACAUCAAUGAACGAUUUAACAAGACGAUAAAGAGCGCCACCAAGAAAAAACAUGUAAAGUACACAAACAAUGUUAGUGCUAUGUCAUUUACAUAAAUAACAAAAUUUAA